AUGCAUCAUCACUACCUCAAUACCUCUGUCACGCGCGAAGCCACCCUCGUUUGGGUCGUCAAAAACAACGAGUGCGCCUCAGAUGUGCUUUCCUACGAGCUCGCCGGUUACCGCGAUCUCGAAGGACUCAACGUCUACAUCCAGAUCUAUACCGCCGCUUCCUCCGGCGUCACCACCCCUCUCUUCGAACAAGCUCAGAUUCAGGCCAUCCCCUUCUCCACCAACGACAACUCUCCCAUCUCGACGCCUUCUGACGAAAAGACGCUCUGA